AUGGAGGUGGAGGCAUUAUUUUUGCUUCCCCAUAAUGAGAUGGUGUCCGGAGUAUACAAGUCCGCCACGCAGGGAGAAGUGGAAAAUGGACUGUGUAUUACUAAGAUGGAGAACAUGGGGUCAAUGGGAGAAGGAUUGAUAGAAAGGUUUAUGAAAGAUACUGCAAGGCCCAAGGAUGAAUUAGACAUCAUAAAGUUCAUAUGGAAAGCUUUUGGGACUACAGUAUUCAAGAGACAAAUUGUCAAUCUAAGGACAAAUCAUCAGGGCAUAUAUGAUCUAGCGUUCACAUGUGGCUUAAUCAGAGGCGGCUCGUCAAACUUGGGAAUAAAAAGCAUUGCAGCAGUCAAAGUCUCUUCAGUGCCUGCCUGCAUAUUUCAGAAGCUGUAG